CACUUCCGCCCCCGAGAACCCGGAUGAAGCUGCCAUCGGCCCAGUGAGCAGGGCGCCGCGGCUGGAGGCGUCGACAUCUGACGGGCCGAGGGUCGAGGCGAGGCGGGUCGAGGCGGGUCGAGCAGCCGCCGGGUGGACGUGGACGGAACCACUCAACCACAGAACCGCACAACCGAACCCGGCCGAGAGCUGCUGCUCACCGGGCUGCUGCUAGCGACGAGCCGCCGCUCCGGCUGCUGGCCCCUCCCACGGAGGACCGCCGAGCCGAGCCGAGCCGAGUCGAGCCGAGUCGAGCCGAACUGAACUGAACUGAACCGAACUGAACUGCUGAAGGAUGUCUGCCGCCAGUCUCGACCCUCAGACAUCCAAGGGACAAGAUGCGAGUAAAGUGUUUCCGGUGUCCGUGCAGAACGGCUCCCUCCACCAGAAGGACUCGGUCCACGACAGCGACUUCGAGCCGUACCUCACGGGCCAGUCCAACCAGAACAACAGUUAUCAGUCCAUGACGGACCCGUACCUGUCCAGCUACUACGCCCCAUCCAUCGGGUUUCCUUACCCCCUGAGUGAAGCUCCCUGGUCCACGGGGGGCGACCCCCCGAUCCCCUACCUGACGCCCUACGCCCCCCUCAACAAUGGAGACCAUCACUUCAUGCACGACACGGUGUUCGGGCAGCCGAGCGGCCUCAGCAGCAGCAUCUACCCCCACAGGUUUAACUUCUUCCCUGAGAACCCGGCAUUCUCCGCCUGGGGCACCAGCGGCUCUCAGGGCCAGCAGACUCAGAACUCCGCCUACGGGGGCAGUUACAGUUACCCCCCCAGCUCGCUCGGCGGCACCCUGGUCCCGGACGGGCAGACGGGUUUCCAUAGCGACACCCUGAGCAAGGCGCCGGGGAUGAACAGUUUGGAGCAAGGCAUGCUGGGGCUGAAAAUAGGCGGGGACGUGACGGGAAGCGGCUCGGGCGUUAAGAGCGCCGGCUCGGUGAUCGGCGGAGGUGGAAGUGUCGCUGCGGCUGCCACAGGCAACGGCGGCACGCCGAUCGGAAUGCCUGUUCCCAAACCGACUUCGUGGGCGGCGAUCGCGAGUAAACCUGCGAAGCUGCAGCAACAGAACAAGACCAAGAACAAACCGGGCAUGGCGAUCGGCGGAGUUCUGCCGCCGCCGCCCGUCAAACACAACAUGGACAUUGACACGUGGGAUAAUAAAGGGCCUGCGAACAAGAUGGCCGCCCCUCUGCCCCCCCACCACCAUCACCACCAUCACCACCACCAGCAGCACCAGCCACAGCUCCACCCCCACGCCCCCAGUCUCCUCCCCCCCCUGCAGCAGUCCCUGCAGUCGGCCCAGUCCCUGGUGCAGCAGAUGACCAUGCAGGGUCCGCCGCCGCAGUCGUACCAGAACCACGGCUCUGCUCCGACACCGCAGACCCGCUGGGUCGCCCCGCGCAACCGCAACUUGUGCUACGGCGGCGGGAGCCUGGACAGCAGCGGCUCCUCCAAUGGGGGUGGUGUCGGUAACGGGGGCGGGGGGUGCGGCGGUCUGCUCCCCGAGCCGGGCUCAGAAUCCCACCCGGUGCUGGACAAGCUGCGAGCGUCUCACAGCUACAACCCCAAGGAGUUCGACUGGAGCCUGAAGAACGGCCGCGUGUUCAUCAUCAAGAGCUACAGCGAGGACGACAUCCACCGCUCCAUCAAGUACUCCAUCUGGUGCAGCACGGAGCACGGCAACAAGCGGCUGGACUCGGCCUUCAGAACCAUGAACUCCAAAGGUCCCGUCUACUUGCUGUUCAGCGUCAACGGCAGCGGCCACUUCUGCGGCGUGGCCGAGAUGCGCUCGCCCGUGGACUACGGCACGAGCGCCGGCGUCUGGGCGCAGGACAAGUGGAAGGGCAAGUUCGACGUGGUGUGGCUGUUCGUGAAGGACGUUCCCAACAGUCAGCUGCGACACAUCCGCCUGGAGAACAACGACAACAAGCCCGUCACCAACUCGCGCGACACGCAGGAGGUUCCUCUGGAAAAGGCCAAGCAGGUUCUGAAGAUCAUCGCCCAGUUCAAACACUCCACCUCCAUCUUCGACGACUUCUCCCACUACGAGAAGAAGCAGGAGGAGGAGGAGGUGGUGAGGAAGAGUUAUGAUCCUGCUCCAAUUCCGAACCGAUCCAGAAUCGAUCAGGAUCGUCAGAAGUGACGUCGUCGCCUCAUGAAGCUCGAACUCGUUGAAUCAGAUUUAAGAUAAAAACACUCGGACAUGUUCUAUUUAAUUUAGUCGACUCACGUCUCGCUCCACCGGUCAAAUCGCUUCAAUAAUCUAUAUUUUUCUUGUUUUUCUGUAUGUUCUUUUAGCCUUAUUAAAUUUCUCUAUCGCGACCCCUGACCUUUGAUUCUUAACUAAAUAUUAAUAUCUGCAUGUCGUCAACAUGCUGCUGAUAUUCACUUUGUGGUUUGUGUGUUGGACAAAUGUUGUGCAAAAGUGCUUGUAUUGGUUCCAUCUUUCAUGAGUGAUUUAUAAUAUCUGAAGAUCAUGACGUUUCUGUUUGUGACAAUAUGAAGCAUUAAUGUUGGAAACAUGUCAACAGAUUAUAUUUGACCAUGAAGGUCAAGAAUAUUUCUGUUCUGUUACUGAACGUUUCCAACUGGAGCUUCAGGGUCGUUUCCUCUCGUUCUUAUUUAAAGGAUGAAAAUAGAAAUAUUCAGAUUAUGAUCCAUCAGCUGAUCUGUGGACGAACCUCUGGAGGACAUGUAGCAUGUUCUGCUUUUCAAACUCAAACCUUCUUUUCUCUUUGUCUUUUCUUUCUUAACAUCAUGAUAAUCUUUUUCAUCAUCUUCAUGAAUCAUGGCUAUAACCUUCUCACGUCUCAUCCCCAGAACAAUGUAAGCUUUAAUGUUCCGCCAUCGCCUCAAAAUGUUUAACUGUAGCAUCAUACUUAACGGUUUAUCGUCACGUGUAUGAAACACCAGAGUGAAGUUUGUGUUAUGGUAAAUGUUUGUGACUCUUUCUUUUGACUUGCUGUAUCGUGUGUGCGUGCGUGUGAACGAAGCGAUCAGAGUUUUUCUGUGGAGCGAUCAGAGUUAUGUCACCGUAUUGGAAUAUAGAAAAUUUAUGCAAAACAAAGUUUCAAGUUGCCCCUGAAUGAAAUAUCCGUUGUAUCAGAGGUCACUGUCACAUUCUUAGAUUUGAUCAUAUUCAUUAUUAAAGAAAUACUUAUCUGUU